AUGAAAAGACUUGAAGGUAUCCAACAGAGAUCUCAGCAUAGAAGGCACGGUGGAGGCCUGGCUCGAAUGGAAUAUCAGUUGCAACAAGAGAUGCAUGGUCUUCUACAGAAAGAGGAGUUAAUGUGGUUUCAAAGGGCGAGGACCAAAUGGCUCACUGACGGAGACGGUAACACCAAGUUCUACCAUGUAAAGACAGUGCAACGCAGAAGAAAUAACAAAAUAAUGAUGAUUAAAAAUUAA